CUCCUCGUUCGUGCCCGUUCCUGUUACAUUUCACGACACUGGCUGCUACUGCUACUGUUGUUGUUGUUGUCGCCGCUGCUGCUUGCUGUCACAAGCGUUAUUCGUAAAAAAAGCGGAAAGAAAAGAAACGAAAAAGAGAUGGAUAAAGAGCACCGCGUCAACUACGAUUUUCUUCUGUCUCAUCGUCUGAUCCGCGAAAAAAAAAAUAAACAAAAGCACGGCAGGACACGGAACACGCACUUUGCAUCCUCGACCAGAUCAUUGGAUUUGCCAUGAGAACGUCUCUGUCGUAGGAACAACGCGCCCGAGACACGUGAAAUCCCACGGUUGACAGUUACCGUGGCGCGUACAUCAGUGUAUCGUGAAUCGUUUCUUGCAACGUAUCACUACCACAUUCGACGUUGAUCGACCUUGUGCUGUUUAACUUUUGGCAAUCAUUUUUUAAGAAUUCGUACGCGAACGGUGUCUUAUGAUUCGGCAAGUUUUUCACUUCUUUUGAGCACGAGCGUUCUUUGUCUGUGUCAUCGUACAAACUAAAGUGUUUAUGAUGUAUAUGGUCGCGAUUAAAUCGUCCGCACUAAUUAACACGCGUGAAUCAUUUUGAACGCUCUGAAAACCGAUUCGAAACGUUUUUGGCACGAGCGAUAGGCUGGGCAGGGAAAAUUCGUUACGCCGCGCAUCGGUACAUGAAGACACGUGACAAGUGAAAAGUGAAUAACGUAACCGUUUCGACAGUGUGCGAUACUAUCGAUAUUUCAUCGUCGAUUAUUCGUCGAUUGGUAAAAGUAUGCAUAUUCCGAUCGUACGUAGCGUGACGCGAAUUAAUCGGAAAAGUAUAUCGGGGCAGAAUGGCGUGUUCGAAUGGAGAAAAGUAAACAAAAGUUAAACGCACUCGUGAAAGCAACGUCGGUCGAUCGUGUCACUGAUUAAAACCAGCAUUGACGUAAAGGAAGAUUCCCGUAGAAUUUCGUGACCGGGACGCGAUUCGAGCAAAGUGUCGAAGAUCGGAGAGUGAAAGAUCGAGAAGUGCGUCGGCAAUAUGCAUUGUGAGACAGCGUAAACACUUCGUCAACGCAACAACGAUGUAUUUUGCACCGACAGCCAGAGAAAUAUCAGCGGUGACAGCUUCCGAAAUGCUGGCAGUAUGUUAUAAGCUUUCUAACCUACCGAGCUACCUAACCUAUACUUGGCAGCGCAAUCAAGCACGCGACGAGUGAGUUUACUAUUGUUCGUUGCAAACAAGAAUGUUAUGUAUAAAAAAUGAAUCACGAACAACAUGCUGGAUCGAACGAGGAAAAGAACGCGAGGCGACCGUGAUUUGUCCGAAACGAGUCUCGAUUGGUGUUAAAGCGAAACGUGAGGCAAAGAGUGCGUGUUCCGUGAGCCGCCAACGGCGGGACGAAAAUAUCACACGUGCGUCGGAAGAGUAAGCCGAGAUUUUUGGAGGACGAUGCCAGUCAAGUGGGCGAUUGCAGGGUUGCGGGGUGCAGUUCAGACAUGGGAAGUGAGCAUUACUGCCUGAGGUGGAACAAUCAUCAGAGCAACUUGCUGGGUGUGUUCAGUCAACUGCUGGAGUCGGAGUCGCUGGUGGACGUGACACUGGCGUGCACGGAGGGACCUUCGAUACGUGCCCACAAGGUAGUCCUCUCCGCGUGCUCCAGCUACUUCCAGGCCCUAUUCCUCGACCACCCGAACCGCCACCCCAUAGUCAUCCUAAAGGACGUACGUUUCGCCGAGCUACGUACCCUCGUCGACUUCAUGUACAAGGGCGAGGUAAACGUCGAGUACUGCCAGCUAUCGGCCCUCCUCAAGACAGCGGAGAGCCUCAAGGUGAAGGGUCUAGCGGAUAUGACGAACAUCAACGCGGCGGUAGCUUCGAGGGACGAGCAGCAACAGAGCAGCAGCAGCAACCGCAGNCAACAACAGCAGCAGCAGCAGCAGCAACAACAACAACAGCAACAACAACAACAACAACAACAACAACAACACACGAGUACAUCCGAGGGUAUACAGCGCGAGACGUCGCGAGAACAUCACCGUGAACGCGAGAGUAUAAAGGAGGCGAGCAAUAAAGAGAGAGACAGGGAAGGAAACACGUCGUCGUCCGGUGGCGCGGGGUUGCCAUCGGGUGGUGGGGUGAAAGAAUGCGAGCAAACUCAACAGAACGUGGCCCAAUUGCCCAGCAGCGAGUCGACAGAGGCGGUAGACAUGACGGAUUGCCCGCCAUCGCCCACGGGACCCGGUAGCCCUUGUCCAGGGCCGUUGGCCCUCGAUCGGCCCAGGAGGGACUCCGAGGAUGCCGCCAGCCUCGAGGAAACGAGGGGUUCCCUUAGCCCGAUCUCGGUCCACAGUGGACCCUCGGAUAUGAGUCUAAGUAAUAAUACCGGGAGCACGCCUGGUGUGCUACCGUUGAACUUACCGCAGAGCCGGCUUCCGUCCCCGCACAGUACAGAGCCUCUCGCGGGCCCGUCGGGGUUACCCCCAGUCCAGCAAGUUCCACUUUCGUUAAAAAAAGAGAUGGACUGGGAAAGGUCGACCGAAGAGCGCAGUGCGAGCAGCGAAAUAUCCACGGAUUACAGACUCCCGCCAGAUCCGGAGUUGAUGGGUGUGGAUGAGCGGAUGUUUGCGUGCAUGUACUGCGGUGCCUCGUUCCUCCACCAGAGCAAGCUGGCGCGGCACAUCCUCUCGCACAGCCUCGAGUCGCUCAAGUACCGUGAGCAGGCGGCCCACCUGCAGCUGCAGGCUCAGCUGGGCCUCGAACCCGGUAUGCACCUGCCGCCGGAGGCCCACUACCCCACCGCAGGUACGAUCGAGCCGAUGGAUCUCGAGCUCGCGGCCCACUCGGACCCGACCUCCGGCGUCGUCCUCUGCAAGUUCUGCGGCAAGUCGUUCCCGGACGUUGGCUCCCUGAUAGCCCACCUACCGGCGCAUACAGGUGACAGGCCGUUCAAGUGCGAGUUCUGUGGCAAGGCCUUCAAGUUGCGCCACCACAUGAAGGACCAUUGUCGGGUGCACACCGGGGAACGGCCGUUCCGGUGUACGCUGUGCGGCAAGACCUUCUCGAGGUCGACCAUACUCAAGGCCCACGAAAAGACACAUUAUCCGAAGUAUGUGCGCAAGUUCCUGUCCCCGAGCCCCGUGGAUCCUUCCGAGGAAGAGGCCCCGCCGCCGCCACCGCCGCAUCAUUGAGUUCGCCUUAGACCGUGCAACAACCGCCACGUUCACCACCGCCGGAGGAACAAUCGCCGAUCGAUACACCUUCCUUCACCCCUUCUUCCUUCCCACUUUCCUACGCUCCGUUCCGAGCACGCGAUCAUCAACGCCGUUCGCUACGCAUCGAUCGCUACCACCAGCGUAACCGCGAUCAACGCGCGGGAGAAGGAUU